GACAGUCCAGGCCAAGGCCAGGGAGCGAGCGAGUGAGCGAGAGAGGAGGGGUGGAGAAUCCCAAUGCGCAGUAGAGUGGAGUCUGGAGUCUGUGAGUGUGAGGAGGAGGUGGCCGAAUAAAUUAAUCUUCUUUCAUCAGUCCAUAGUCCAUACUUCACAUCUCUCUCUCUCUCUCUGCUUCUCUGUCUUCAGUCUGAGGUAAGCUCCAUAAAAUCUUGUGACUUGUGAUUAUUUUUUUCUCAAUCUCCAUUUCUCCCAUCCCGUCCCUACAUAGCUUUCUAUUUCUCUGAUCUGAGAUGGGCGGAAGUUGUGAUCCGAAAAAAGUAACAAGGGGAGAAACAUUGAAUCUUUGAUUGGUUAUAGAGUGGUUGGUAUAGAUCCGGGGAGAGUGAGGAGGGAGAUGAGAGAAGAUCCAACCGAAAUGUCGGAGGAUGAUGAUAGAACAACGGAUCUCGCCGGUGGUGGAACUAUUGUUGUCGAGGCAUCAUCCAAUAAAACACGGAGCUGUGGCGGAAAUGGCGGUGGUGGAGUCGGAGUCGGCACCAUCGCCGAUUAUUGUCCGUCGCCGUACCCGGACCAAGUCCUCGAGAAUGUCCUGGAAAACGUGCUUCUCUUCCUCACAUCACGCCGCGACCGCAACUCGGCAUCUCUCGUUUGCAAGUCUUGGUACAGGGCCGAGGCGCUGACUCGGACGGACCUCUUCAUCGGGAACUGUUAUGCUGUUUCACCGCGCAGGGCAAUCGAGAGAUUCAAGAGGGUGAAGUCUCUGGUGCUCAAGGGCAAGCCUCGCUUUGCCGAUUUCAGUUUGGUGCCGCCCAAUUGGGGUGCCCAGUUCUUCCCUUGGGUGUCUGCCAUGGCCGCUGCUUAUCCUUGGUUGGAAAAAAUUUACCUGAAGCGGGUGUCCGUUACUGAUGAAGAUUUGAUUCUCCUUGCUCACUCCUUCCCUGCGUUUAAGGAGCUUGUGCUCGUCUGUUGUGACGGUUUCGGCACCGCCGGCCUGGCUGCCGUUGCCAGGUGCAGACAACUACGAGUGCUCGAUCUAAUUGACGAUGAAGUUAACGAGGAUGAUGUGGACUGGAUUUCCUGUUUCCCGGAGUCUGUGACCUGUCUUGAAUCACUCAUCUUUGACUGUGUGGAGUCACCUGUAAACUUUGAUGCUUUGGAGCGACUGGUGGCUAGGUCUCCUUCGUUGAAGAGGCUCAAGUUGAAUCGGCAUGUAAACCUCAUGCAGCUCCACCGUUUGAUGGUCCGAGCUCCACAGCUCACACAUCUUGGAACAGGAUCCUUCAGCACCUCAGAUAACCCGGCACAGGCAGAUCAAGAACCAGAUCUCUCAGCUUUUGCCACGAGCAAAUCCUUAGUCUGUCUCUCAGGAUUCAGGGACAUUGUGCCGGACUAUCUACCGGCAAUUUAUCCAGUCUGUGCUAGACUAACAUCACUUAAUUUCAGCUAUGCCAACAUCAAUGCUGAACAACUCAGACCUGUUAUCUGUCAGUGCUACAAUCUCCAAACUCUUUGGGUCCUUGAUUCAGUAUGUGAUGAAGGGCUUCAGGCUGUUGCUGCAACAUGCAAGGAACUCCAUGAGCUCCGGGUUUUUCCCAUGGAUGCUCGUGAGGAUGGUGAGGCUGCUGUCUCUGAAGUUGGUCUCCUUGCAAUUUCAGAGGGCUGUCGGAAGCUGCGAUCCAUUCUGUAUUUCUGCCAGCAGAUGACCAAUGCAGCCGUGGUGGCUAUGUCAAGGAACUGUCCAGAACUUGUGGUGUUCCGCCUCUGUAUAAUGGGACGCCACCGUCCUGACCACCUGACUGGCGAACCCAUGGAUGAAGGAUUUGGGGCUAUAGUCAUGAACUGCAAGAAGCUGACCAGGCUUGCUGUAUCUGGCCUACUCAGCGAUAAAGCCUUCAGUUACAUUGGGGAGUAUGGUAAGUUAAUUAGGACUUUAUCUGUUGCUUUUGCGGGAGAUAGCGAUAUGGGGCUAACGUAUGUGCUUAAGGGUUGCCCCAAAUUGCAGAAGCUGGAGAUUAGGGACAGUCCAUUUGGGAAUUUGGCUUUGCUCUCUGGCUUGCACCACUAUUACAGCAUGAGGUUCCUCUGGAUGUCUACCUGUAAACUAACCCUUGAAGGGUGCAAGGAAGUUGCUCGAAGAAUGCCUUAUUUGGUUGUUGAAGUGAUUGGGGACACAGAUGAAGGAGACAUAGAUGAUUCCAUUGAUAAGUUAUACAUGUAUCGAUCUCUUGAAGGGCCUAGAGCUGAUGCACCUUCAUUUGUGACAAUCUUGUAAACACGUAAUCCAGUAGGCUAGUGACAGGAAUGUCUUAGCUGUUCAUAUGGUGGCUGCUGAACAAGGUUAAAAUCUUUUCAAGUUUGCAGGAGCAAGUGUACAGCGGGUACCUUUUAAAACCCGCAAUUCGGUUCCCUCAUGCCUCGUCAACAAGGGUGAUGUUGCCCCGUAUGCUUUCUUUUUUCAUACCUUUUCAAGCAAAGAUGGCAUAUCUUAUCUUUGCUUGGGCUGUUGGAGGAGCAUUUGAAGUGGGAAACCUGUAAAGUUUUACAUUUCAUGCUUGUCAUGUUCCUUCAAAAAGGUUCAUUGGAAGGGGAAGUGAUGUAGGCAGAGUUUUGGUAAGAUGGGGUCGCCUCAUCCCAUGUUGUUGUAUUGUAGGUGAUUAGAUUUAAUGUUUCUGCUAUUUAUCAUAAAUGGAUGUGUUGGUGGUUGGGGAAAGGGGGAGUUCAUGGAAACUUUGAUUAUAACUUGUCUGCGGUGGAGGCACGUCUUCUGUUUCUUGCAAGUUGGUACAUUCUACUUGGUGAAGUUCAUGGAAACUUUGAUUAUAACUUGUCUGCGGUGGAGGCACGUCUUCUGUUUCUUGCAAGUUGGUACAUUCUACUUGGUGAAGUUCAUGGAAACUUUGAUUAUAACUUGUCUGCGGUGGAGGCACGUCUUCUGUYUCUUGCAAGUUGGUACAUUCUACUUGGUGAAGAAAUAGUUGCUUGUUAUGGAGGAAUUAGAGAUUCAGAAGGUGAAAUUGAAAACGUUUUUUUUUCCUGGGUUUACAUGCCAUAUGUUGGCAGUAAGUCCUAUGUGAAAGAUGCUUCUUCUGUCUUCAAAUUGUAGUGGUUUGUCUUUUUGGUGAUUACUGAGAUUGCUGUAAGACUAUUAAAGAAAGAUCCAUGCCACUCUAUCCCAUUUCCUGAA